GCUCGUCAUGUGGCUGCUGACGGCACAGGGACGACACGGCUCAUGGCUCACGGCUCGCCAGGCUGAGGAAACGAAAGUGGUUUGGGACGGCUGUCCCCUGUCGCCGCUCUCAUGCCCGACAACCCCGUCGCGCCCCGGCCGCCCGGCCCCGGCCCCCCAGCAGAUGGAGACGGUGCCACUGCUCCCAUGGAGACAAGACCCCAGCCGGAUACACCUGUGUGCUCACCUCCAUCCCACCCUCCGGCGGAGGAAGAUGACUUCCAGUUCCUCCUUUGCGAGGGCUGCCGGCAGGAAUCGCCCAACCUCAAGCUCCUCACCUGCCUCCACACCUUGUGCCUGGGUUGCCUGAGCGAGAACAAGCCCGUCGGGCAGUGCCCCGUGUGCUGCACGGCCAUCCCGCAGGCCAACGGCAUCCCGGACAUGGACAACCUGCUCUUCACCAACCUGCAGGCCCGGCUGAGGGUCUACAAGCAGAUCACCAGCCCUGGUGGUCCCAAUUGCAGCCGGUGCCGGGGCGAAGCGGCCCUGGUGUGGUGCUGCGAGUGCGAGGAGUUCUUCUGUGCCAAGUGCUUUGAGGACCACCAGUGGUGGCACAAGAAGAAGAGUCACAAAGUCAAGAAGGUGGAGGAGCUGCGUGCUGAGUCAGCCCAUCAAUUCCUGGAAGACACCAGGAAGUCUUGCAACCUUUUUUGCAGCAGUUCCAGUCACCCCGACCAGAGCCGCGUCUGCAGCAUCUACUGCCAGCAGUGUGAGAAGGCGCUGUGCUGCUCGUGCGCGCUGCUGGACAACCAGCACUCGCAGUUCAGCGACAUCUGCAGCGAGACCCAGCGCAGGCAGGAGGAGCUGAGCUCCAUGGAGCGGGAGCUGCGGCGUCGCCGGAGCGGCUUCGAGGCCACCUACGCGUCCCUGCAGGGCGAGGCGGCCCGGCUGGAGGAGGCGCAGCGGGAGAUGCGGGAGCUGAUCCGUCAGCGCGUGGAGCAGCUGGUGCGGCUGAUCCGUCAGGAGGAAGAGGAGCUGUUGGGGCUGGUGGAGGCGCGUCAGGAGCAGGGCCGUCGGGAGCUGGCGCGGGAGCUGCGGCACGUGGAGGGGGUGCUGCGGCGGAUGGAGGCGGGCGAGAGGCUGGUGGAGAAGAUGAGCCUGUACGCCACAGAGCAGGAGGUGAUGGACAUGCAGCCCUUCAUCAAGGGCUCACUGCAGGAGCUCCAGCGGCUGAAGCUGCCAGAGGCCAUGGACCGAGGGCAGCCCGGGGACUUAUCCGAGUGCAGGGCCAGGCUGCAGGCGCUGGUGGAGCGUGUCACAGGGCACCCAGAUACUGAAUCCCAACCUGUCCCCGUGGUCGAGGUGGCCCUGGAGAACAACCUGCAAGAGGAUCAAGUCUGGCCCAAAAACCAGAGCACUUUGCCCACCUCACCCACCAACCUCAAGGAUGUGCAUGUGGACAAGGCUCGCCCUGUCCCCUCAUGGCACAGGAGGAAGUUUCACUGCACAGAAAGGGGCAGCCAGAUCUCUCCCAAAAUACUGAAGCUGGAGUGUGAUGACAUGCCAGGCCCCAGUGAUCCCAAUUCCAACCAGAGGGAUUUCCGAAGGGAGCCCGGCACCUCCAUGCCCGGACGGAACUGCAGCAGCAGCAUGGAUGAUGCAGAAAUCACCAGCAUUGUCAUUGGCAGCUCGGAUGACAGCGAGGAGGACACGGUGGUGCUCCCAGGUGGCAGGGCAUCCAGGCCAUCCCAAAUCUAGUUCUCCCAGGCCAAGACCUUUGCUCCUGGUUUUCUGGAGCAGCCGUAAACCCCGCCUUGGUCUGCUCUGAGGUGGGAUCCCCUGAGGCAAACCUUCCCAGUCAGUCCUUGUGGCUUCCUGAGAGGUGGUUCUCAGCUUAAAACCAAUCAAUCUUGAUCUAAAAAUCAAAUUUGUGAGUUGAAUGUAGCAUCUGCGCUCGCAGAGUUCAUCAGCCCUGUACCAACACGGGCUGAGACGCUCCCGGGAGCCACCGGAGCAGGGAUGGACCACCUGAGCACCCCCAAAGGGACAUUGCACAACUCUGGUGCUGCAAACUGGUGUGUGGCAACCAAAUGGCCUUGGCUGAGGUGGUGAGAUGAUCCAAAGGGGGGGAUCCUUGAUGAGAUACCAUGUCACCAUCACGAGAAGGGGAUCCCCUGGGAACCAGAGGCAAGUGCGGCUGAUUUGGGAUCGAGAAUUGGGGUUGGUUUUCCAAUACUGGCUUAAUGAGGGGUGAACACCUUUUUUUUUUGUACAAACUAAUGCAGAACCUCUUCUUGCUCUUUCAAUAAAGCUGUUCUCAGAUUAAACCCCAGCCACUGCUGGCUUCCUUAUUCAUUUCCUCCUGUCCUGUUUUUCCUGGCUCCUCUGAUUCCUCUCUAACAAAGGGAAAAAGAGAGUUGUGGGGCUAAAACCUGUCCCCAGUCCCUGCUAGUGGCAAAAAAUCCCAAGGCUGGGGCUUUGGGGGAUGCUAGCAGCUUGCUGGGAGAAAUCCCUGAGUGCACCAGGUGUUGGGUAGUACGAUGUGGAUUUAAGGGUGUAGCAAAGACAGGUGCCAGGGGUAAAAAUCCCACAUUCCCUGAGCUGAGGAGUCUGAAGUUGUCUGUCCAGCCAUGUUUCCACCACUCCUGGGCUGCGGGUGGAGUUGCAGAGAGCUGGUGUGGAGGGAGAUGGAUGUCCCAUCGCUGCAGGAUACCCAGGAAAGAGGUGCAGGAUUGUCCUGGGGGGAAAGAGGGAAGGAAACUAAGGUUGGAGCCUCUUGAAUGUGUUGCUGUCCUGCUCCUCCUGUAGGGAGAUACUCACUGUGGAUGUCCAUCCCUGCUGAUGCUGGGCAGGGGCUGGUGGUGUGGCUAUUUUUGUUCAUCCUUGGGAAGCAUUGCUGUAGGCACUGGAUCUGCUGAGCCUGGAGAGGCCCUAAACCUCCUUCUGACCUGAUCCAGUCAUCCUGAUCCAGUUUCCUCUAGACACCAACAAGAUCUUUAAGUAUCUCAUGGAGUGAGGUUGCUCAGGCAUGUUUAUGUCCCUCCAUGAUCUGCAUCCAUACGAGAUGAACAGCAAGGGACAGCAAUCCCUGGACCUGUGUGUUAGUGCCUGCAUCCCGACCCUGCUCAGGACAAGCUGGAUUCAGGGCUCUGCUCUUGAUCACUUGUUUCUGACCCUGUUUUUGGGCUCUCAACAGGGCUCCUCAUGGCCAGCCCACUCCAGACACAGGACACACCCAGUGCCAGGACAUCACACCUGUGGUUUUUGUGGCAUUGCCACAAGCAGAUCCCUGUCCAUGGCCAAUGGUCCUCCCAAGCGUUCUCCUCAUGCCUUCCCAACCAGGUCCA